AUGGAAGAUCAUUGAUAUUCGUUGGACUUUGCAAUUACAUAGACCCCUCCAUGCGGCUGCCUACUUUCUUAAUCCUAAGUUUCAUUAUGAUGAAAAAUUUAAUGCGGACCAGGAAGUUUAUUUUGGUUUAUAUGAAACUAUUGAGAGAAUGAUUCCGGAUAGAAAGACAAGAUUUUUAGUUGAUCAACAACUUGAAGCAUUUAAGUCUGCUAAGGGGCUUUUUGGAAGGAGCAUGGCAAUAGAUACUAGAAACAAAAAGCAACCUGCUCUUUGGUGGGAAAGUUAUGGAGGAGAGGGCAAGGAGUUGCAAAAGAUAGCUAUGAGGAUUUUGAGUCUCACGUGUAGUGCUACUGGAUGUGAAAGAAAUUGGAGCACAUUUGAUCAAGUGCAUACUAAGCGAAGAAAUCGUUUAGAACAACAAAGGUUAAAUGCACUUGUAUUUGUCAAGUACAACCUUCAACUUGAGAUGAGACAAAAGAUUAGAGAGGAAAAAGGAGAGACAUAUGAUCCAAUCUGUUUAUCAGAUAUUGAAUCUGAUGAUGAGUGGAUCACUGAAAAAGAAAAUCCAUGCUUGCCAGUGGACGGGUCAUGGAUGGACAUACAUGAGAGUUUUACUCUUGAUGAAGGAGCUCCAAGUAAGAAAAGAAAGAGAGGUCCAAGAAACUUGAAUGCCAAAGCCAAUAACAAAGGAAAAUCUAUAGUAAGACAAGAGAAUGAGAAUGAAGAUGAUGCUGAAGAUGGGGAAGAGGAGGAUGAUGAAGAAGUGACAUUGUUAAUGGAGGAUGAUCAUGAAUUGAGUGACAUUGAUCUUGGAGAUGAUGAAUGAGGAAUUGAAUUUUAUGUUCAGUGAUUUUAGUCUUUUUAAGCUAGGAUUUUGAUUUUGUGAAUUGAUU